UGGAUCAGCAACAGUUGAUCGUCGGCGUCCAAUCGGUGCAAACAUAGAAGCUAUAGAAGCCUCAAUCCUUUCAAGAAACAAACAGUAUCUGUCUCAAAACAUUCUCAAAAUGAACUCCAUGACCGUCCUCGCAAUCCUGGCCGCCUCGUUGGCCUUCUGUGCUGGCGAUGUGUCGCACUUGUCGCGCAGCUACCUGCCCCCCGUGAGCGGCGCCUAUUCCGGGUACUCCUCCGGCUACUCCUCCGGAUAUCCAUCGUACUCCAGUGGCUCUGGAUAUUAUUCGGGCGGCGUCGGCAGCUACGCCUCGCCGAUCGUCUCUUCGUCCUACAAGAGCUACGCGGUGCCACAGUACACCACCUAUUCGACGCCCUCGCGCACCUAUUUGCCAGCGGACACGGGCUACUCUGGAUACUCGGGAUACUCCGGAUACAAUGGCCUGGACACCAAGUACGGCAGCAACGGCGGCUACGUCUACUAG